AUGCCUGUAAAAUGGGUUUUACAUUGGCAACAGAAUGCAGGGACAACAGUGAACAGUCAAAUCUUGACUGAAGUAUCCCAAUGUGCUGAGAGUAUCAAUAGCAUUAAAGGUGGAAGAUGGAAAGCUACUCUUAAUGUUUACAGACCUAUGCUUAAAGAGCAAGUUAAUCUGGUGGAAUUUCUGCGUGAUUUUUUGGGGAUUUCACUCCAAGAGCAACCUAGUAAAUACUAUUUUGUGAUUCGAGGACAACGGAUAGUUCUUGAGGCAGAUUCAAAUAUUCGGGGUAUAAUGGAGAAAUUGCAGUCGUAUAAGUCCAGGGUGGCUCUUAAUUUCGAGGGCUUCCAAUAUCAAAUUGGAGACUUCCAGCUGAGAGUCGGCAAAGUUGUUCCAGUUCACUCGGAAAGUUUGAGGGGAAUAGUGAUUGAGUAUACUCUCUCUGUUCCCUUCAACUUGUUCCUUGCAAUUUUCUUUAUUGGCAUAUUGGAGUAG